AUGGCGUCGGAAGACUUAGUUCAACUUCUUAAUGAACUUUCAAUUAGAGAAAAUGAAUUUGAUGAAGCAAAAAUGGUGUUACAAGGUGAUUCAACAGGUGUUAAAGAUUUAAAAAAGACUUAUGAAAUCCUCUUAAAAUGUUCCCAAAUACCGAAACUAUCCGAUAAUAUUUAUGAAAUUAUAGACGAGGAUAUGCUGAAGUUCAUGUUUGGGUUGCAGGUCAUGGAUGAUUCGAGAGGAAUUAUUUUUAUCAAUACCAUUAAGUCUAAUGUUGCAAACGAAGACUUAGAGAAAACAAUCCUCAAGACAUUGAGCCUAAUUCAGACGAUACUCAAAAGGAAUGACAGCUUGGGCGAUAUAGUAUUUUACUUAUCCCUAUACUUUGCCAUAAUUUCAAACUUUAAUUUGUCGAAUCCUCAACAUGUAUCGCUAAUGCUUCAAUAUUUAAAUCCAUUUCACAACCAAACUAACGAAGAAAAGGCACACGAAGUGUACUCUUUGGUACUAGUUAUUAUUAUAAAGAAUAUAGAAUUGCUGGCUAAAAAGACUACUGAAGUCAUUUCGAGUUACCUAGAAAUAUUGGUUGAUAACGAGCCGGAUAAAAUAUCAAUGGCUAGUUUUUUGAAUUUAGUAAAAUCCUUGGAAUCUCUUUUUCCUAUUGUGCCAUCGGUAUCACAAACCAUAUAUAUGAGUGAAAGUUGCAAAGGGAUAAUAUUAUUUCAAGUUUCAAAAAUGUCUUCCACAUCGUUAGAGUAUACGAGUAAUCAGCUUAUUACGACUGAAAUAUUAAAACUUGUCACCAGCUCGUGCAUCAACGAGCAAUGCCGUUUAUUCAACUAUAAUAAUUAUCUUGAGUUGUUGAAAAUUGGAACUAAAUUGCAGGGUGAAAAUGUCUUAGGGAUAAGACUUUUAUCGUCAUUAGGUAUUAUAAAGCUCUGGAAUUUUAUUCAAUUGGAAAAAGAUCUGAGAAAAGAUUCAGGUAUAAACAUGUCUGACCUAUCAGAUAUUUUGAUAAGUUACUUGAGAUCCUCUGAGUCUAGGGAGAACGAAGUAUAUCUAGAGUAUUGUAUUGAGGGAUUAGCUUAUUUAAGUUUGAAUACGUCUAUCAAACAGAAAUUAAGAAAUGAUGAAACCUCGAUUGAAAACAUACUAAUUAUAUUGAAAAAGGAAACAGAAAUAAAUGACAAAAUUUUAUUGGCUAAUUCUUCGUUGGUUUAUGGGCUUUUGUUAAUCUUAUCGAACUUAACAAAAUUAAAAGAUGUUGCUGCCAAUUCUCAAAAGAAAACAACCAACUAUUUAAAAAGCUUUGCAACGCCUAAUAAUAUAAAUAACAGCGAAGAUGAAAAUCAGGAGAGCAUCUACAAUUUCAGUCGUUCCUUAUUAAAUGACUACAAAAUUGUAGAGAUCAUGUCUAAAAUAAAAGUUUUUAAAUCCCAAGAUUCUGCAGGUCAUAAUAAUGAUAAUAUAAUAUCUCAAGUCAUUACAGUAAUUUCUAUGAUAUCUUCAAAUCAAGACAGAUCUACAAGACAGGAGCUCAUUAAACAAGGUGCAUUGAAUAUCGUCUUAGAUUACCUCAUUAAAAAUAGUGUUGUAAAGAAAACAUUGGGAAAUGAGACGAGACCAAGUAGCUUAAAUGAUGAACUAGUUGAGACCAGACUUUUGGCUUUGAGAUCCUUAGCAAGGAUUUUGAUUUCAGUUAACCCUGCAUUAGCCUUUAAUAAAUAUGAUAUCAAAACAUGCUUACCAUUUUUGAUAGAAUUGCUAGGGCCCGAUAUCUCUCAGUACACUGGGUCUCUUGAAGAUGUUGGAGAUGAAAAAUAUUUAUAUGACGGUGUUAGCAAUUUGGAUAAAUAUGAAUCAUUACUUGCAUUAACAAACAUCUCGACUGUUCAUGUCAAGAAUGCAACUAACGAAUUGAGACAGUUAAUAAUAUCGAAAAUUUUCGAUAAGUAUUUGGACAAUUUUAUUAUAGAUUCUGAUUUACCGCAAAUCCAGAAAGCUGCAUGGGAAUUAAUUUCUAAUCUAAUAACUGAGCCGAGUUUAUUAGUCAAAUUUUUUAAUAUAGAGAAACAAGAAAACUUAAAAAGGUUACAGUUGUUAAUUAAGCUUUUGGAUUCAACAGAUGAACUGUUUCAAACAGUAAUUGGUGGUCUACUAGCAAAUGCAACCUCUGAGUUUGAAAUGAUUUCCCAAAUAUUAGUUCAGAAUGUCACCUUGAAUGAACGUUUGUUGUCUAUAUUAACAAAUAUUUUUGAGAAUCAAAAUUCGAAUAAUGAUUUAUUAUUGAGAGCAAGCUAUAUAUUAUUAAACUUAGUAUAUUCUGCAUCAAGCUUGGACGCCAAAUAUUUAGACAAGUUUAGAGAAAAUAGAAAACUAAAGGGAUCUCUAGGUUUGGCUUUGCGCUCGAAUAAAAAUAAGGAAAUUUUAGAAAUGAUAAUUGAAAUAAUUAAAUUAGUUAAUUUUAAAUAA